AGAGACCGGAGAACACCUGCGUCUGCGCUGCAUGAGGAAAAGCAGGGGAGAAAUGCAGGGAGAGAGGGAGAGGGGGAACAGAGGAGCAGAACGACGGAGGGGGGAGUAAGGAGGGAGAGAAAGGAGAGGGAGACAGAGAGAGAAAGGGGAAGAGAGAGGAGGGAGAGGGAGAGAGACAGAGCGGGAUGUUUGAGAAGAGCGCUCAGUUCUGCAGCCAGCUGCACAGCUGCAGUCUGAUUGGUUGAUUAGUCCCAGGUGAACGGGACAGGUGAAAGGACCCCCACACCCCACCCUCACAGAGAAGACGGGACGGAACGCGCGAUCCUGUGGCCCGCCGCGGAGGAGAAUGAGGAGGCGGUCUGCCGGCGCGCAGACGGCCUGAAGCCGCGCGCUCCAGCGGGGGAAGACUGCGCCGAGCCGCGCGAUCCACGCCUGGCGGGACAGCCGUGGGGUGUCAGGAUGUGGCUGUUCUCUCUCCCUCCCCCUGCAGGUGUCAGGAUGUGGCUGCUGGUGGGCGUGUUUUUUUGCCUCUGCCCGUGUGCGUUGGAGCAACAGCUGGGGGGCAAGCUGAAGGAAGCCACGCCCCGUUUGAUCUGCAGUGCACCGGGGGUUCCGGGGUCGCCAGGGAAACCAGGCCCCGGCGGGUCUGCGGGGCCCCAUGGGGACAUGGGUCUGCCCGGUCGCGACGGGCGGGACGGGCGAAAGGGGGAGAGAGGGGAGAAGGGCGACGCAGGAGUGAAGGGCCGAGUCGGGCCUACGGGGAAGAUGGGUCAGCGAGGAGACCGGGGCCCCGCGGGCAAGAGAGGCCCGGGGGGCCUGGAUGGGGACGGCGGCCCCCCCGGCGCUGGGGGCCCCCCAGGAGAGAAGGGGGACAAGGGCCAGCGAGGCCCGCGCGGGACCCCGGGGAUUUGCCGGUGCGGGAGCCUGGUGCCCAAAUCGGCCUUCUCGGUGGGCAUCACCACCAGCUACCCAGCCGAGCGCCUGCCCAUCAAGUUCAACAAGGUCCUGUUUGACGAGGGCGGCCACUACAGCCCGCAGACCGGCAAGUUCACCUGCGCCUACCCGGGCAUCUACUACUUCUCCUACGACAUCACGCUGGCCAACAAGCACCUGGCCAUCGGCCUGGUGCACAACGGCCAGUACAGGAUCAAGACCUUCGACGCCAACACCGGCAACCACGACGUGGCGUCGGGCUCCACCGUCAUGUACCUGAACCCGGAGGACGAGGUGUGGCUGGAGAUCUUCUACACCGACCAGAACGGGCUCUUCGCCGACCCCGGGUGGGCCGACAGCCUGUUUUCGGGGUUCCUGCUCUACGCUGACACCAACUACCUGGAUGCGCUGUCGGAGGACUAUGCCUGAUGGACCUCCACUCCCUUGCACCCCAGCCCCCCCCCCCCCCCACCCCACAUGAUUAACCUGAGUUUGUGGGAGUGAAUGACACUAAGCUGUCAGUCGGGGUGGAAACCCAGCGCUGGGUUCCAUGACCCAGAGAGGGAGCCCUACAGGCUCUAAGCCACCAGCUCCCCUCCUGAUGCUAAGGCUCUCCUCUCCCUGUUGAACAGAAAGUAUUACCUAAUUUAACAUAUAAGAAACACUUGACUUUAGUGGAGCUUUUCCCUCUUUUCCCUCAAAUCCGGACCGCUCCAAUUCCAGCUGUGGCCUGGAGCCACAUAAUAACCAUGAUUACUUUGGUAAAUGGUAAAUGGACUGCAUUUAUACAGUGCUUUUAUCUAAAGCGCUUUACAAUUGAUGCCUCUCAUUCACCCAUUCACACACACCAACGGUGAAAGGCUGCCCUGCAAGGUACCAAUCAGCUCAUUGGGAGCAGUUAGGGGUUAGGAGUCUUGCUCAGGGACACCUCGACAUACCCAGGGCGGAGGGAUCAAACCGGCAACCCUCCAACUGCCAGACAUCCGCUCUUACCUCCUGAGCUAUGUCGCCCCCGUCCUACUUUAUCACUGACCGGCGGGUCUGUAGACACAUACCCCCCCCCCCCAACCACAGCAUUCCGUAAGCUCCCCUGGGGUGAUUUGGCACAGGUGAUCUGCACGUGCGGAGGUCGUGCAGCUCCGACUUUAACACACCGACUCUCCCAAGUUAGCGUAGAAAUGAUGGCUGGCAGUUAAACGAUUAGAGAGAAUUAUGGGAACAUUUUAAAGACCCCCCCCAGCACGUCGUGUUUUUUGAGCUGUUGGCUGUUGACUCACUUUCUGUUGAAGCCAUCAGUACAAAAUUAAUUCACUCUCCUAGGGAAAUCACUCUCCAUAUCUCUCACUCCCCUUGGCACUCACUCUCUGUGGUACAUUCUGAUCACAGCUGCAGAUCGGGGAGUUUGUUACCAAGGCAAUGUACAGCUCAGGCCCAAUCACCUCACAGGAAUUAUAUUCAAAUUCACUGACCUGAAGCCCAUUGGUCGUUUAUUAUGUGCAAAACGAGACUCGGAAAUUAUAGUUGUGGGUUUAACUAACUGCUAAGAUUGUUUUCCUCUAAAUGUAUAUUUCUGUAUUCAGCUCCAGGGCUCUCUCUGCGUGAGUGCUUGUGAGAACCAGAUAUAUAUGACGCUCACGCUUUUGGGUUUGUUUACAAUAUUAUCUAGAUAAACAAGACAAGGGCAUAUGAGUCUCCCUUCACUUGCCUUAUAUGGAUUAGUGACUCAGUGGUGCUAUAAUCAAGGACAAAAGGUCAGGGAUUUGACCCCACUGAUACUGGCAUGUUCUCUUCCCCCCUGCAAGUAUGUCUACCUGGCAUCUUGGUCUUGCUUUUUGAGUUCCGUGUGGAAGUGUUUUCUGUUUGUUUGAUUGCAGAUCUGGCAGAUCACAGAUGUUCCUCUCUUCGCCUCCACAAACAAAUGAAAACCAAAGCCAAAAAAGAUUCACCACGCAAAGCCGAGUGUACGAUAUUAAUAAAUAAAAUAACUUUUAUAUGAAAGUUGCUAUUUUAAA